AACACGUAACAAUUUUAAAAGAAAAACAAACAAGAGAAAGCCCUUCAUGUAGUGUUGACUUUAUAUUAAUAAUGAAUACGUACAUAUUAAAAAAUCCAUGAAUGAUUUUGUUGUUGAGAAAAAAAGACUGAGUUCACACGUGACUCUAAUGGAAAAACGUUUUAACAACAUACCUCCUGUUCGAACAACAUUCAUUUAGAAUUAUAACACGCAGCUGGAAACGUGCAAGCCGUUUAUUGUACUAAACUUAUUAAAACUUUGAUUUUUUGUAACAAAGCUGUUAUUACUUAUAAAACACAGCGACAAGAUUACUUCAGUUUGGUCUUCGUCAUGGACGGGACACCAACACCAACGAACUCAACGAAAACGGAAUAUCCGGAAAUUCCACUGGGGAAUUUCAUAGGCAUAGCAGUAGCUGUCUUCGCAGUGAUCGGCGUGUUUGCAAACAUGUUGGUCCUGGUCGUUUUAUCGAUUUCACAAAGAAAACGUUUCUCACCGUACAGAUACUUAAUAUCUCAUCUAGCCUCAGCUGAUCUUAUCAAUUCGAUAAUCAAUUUAGUGUACGUUCCGCUCGAACUACGUAGCCAUCAUUGGAUUUACGGGGAACACAGUUGCAAGAUCGUUUACCCCGCUAUUACGUUUUGCACGAACUUAGCUGUAGGAACAAUUUUAAUAAUCUCCCUAGAACGCUCUCGAGGCGUUUUAAUGCCUCACUUAUCUUCGUGGAAAGCGAAGGAUAUUUGGACCGCAUUGGCUGCAGUAUGGAUAUUUGGGUUUAUUUUGGUCUUGCCUAACAUAAUCACGCUUAAAGUGACGUCCUACAAAAACUUAGAAUACUGCAAUGAGAUCUGGGAUAACUCCGACCACAAGAAGUUAUACGGUCUAACUUUCUUUUUCCUGGCAUUUUUUAUCCCUCUGCUAGCAAUUAUUAUCAUGCACGUUGCAAUUAUGUAUCGAUUAAACCGUACAAAAUUACAACCGGCAAACAUUAGCCAAUGGCAAGUUCGUACAAACGCAAGAAUAAUGCGAGUCUUAACAUCCAUAAUCAUCGCUUUCUUUAUCACUGUUUCUCCGAAUAAAAUCCUUUACUUCGUAUGGGAUGUCGCACCAAGUUUAGAAAUGGAUAAAGAUAGCAACGUAAGAUAUAUCGUAAGAUUGUUUAUAUUCCUCUUUUAUUCAAGAGUUACUAUUGAUCCUUUGUUGUACUGUUUCUUCGAUACGCGAUUUAAAAAAGACUUACAGAACACAUCAAAAACGAUACGUGGUUUGAGCUUCGUGGACAGUGACAUGUCUCGCGCACGAGCUAGAACUAUCAGUUUAAACAGGCCCUCUUCUGUUGGUUUACGGUCCCGAGCGAACAGUUACUUAAAUGGAGAAGCAGGGAACAGCUUGGAAUACAAUAACAGAUUAUGCCAAUCCUCGGAGAUCAUUUCCAAGUUAGCAAGUGUACCAGAAAACGGUCAUAUAAAUGAAUGUGGUGCAGCUGAAAGACCGCGCUCUGAUAGCAACGCAACGGUCGCACGAUCGAGUAUGUGCGGGAGUAGCUCGCCACUGGUAAAUCCAGCCUAUAUGACUGACACUUUAAGUAAACAAGGCUGAACAAGGCUGGGAUAACCUUAGAAAAAGAACUAUAUAUGUAUAUAGAACUAUAAAAUGGUAAACGAUGAAUUAAGUUAUGACACUAUAUAAAAUCGAUAUUCAAAGUCAGGACAUUGAAUUAAAGUAACAUUUGGACAUAUUUAUAUGUAAAGCACCCAUUUAUACUACACAUAUAUCCGUUAGUUAACAAUUUCCAAUAACUUUAUAUUAUAUCUAUUUCUGUUUGUAAGGUUUGAGGUAAAAUUGGCUACAGCUUCAAUUAUGCUUACAAAGAAUCUUAUACUGACAUUGUACACUAUUUGUAAGAUGCAAGUAAUUUUUCCUUAUACUGAAAACAUGGCAGUGUAGCCUAGGUCUUAAAUCGAAAUUCUACAAACCACAACCAAA